CGGGGGAAGGAAAAAAUAAACCGAUAUUAAGCGAUAACCAAGCCAUAGCCAUUUUGGCCGCUAAAAUGGAAGAAAACGAAGGACAGUUAAUCCGCAUUGUAGAAAAAAUUAAUGAGAUAAUUGAGGAAAACAUGGGGCAGUUUGUAGCAGUUGUAUUGAGGAACGACGGCCUAGAUUCUCGAUAUUCUG